GAAACCACACUCAGUAAGCUAGCAGUGUGCAACAGCAGCUACUACCUGGUUCUCUCUUAGCUUGCUGCAUGCUAAUCACUACUUGUGUACUGUGAUUGCAGUAGCAGUUAGGGUUAGCAGAUCCCGGAUCAUCGAUCGGAUUGAUCAAGCUAGCUAGCUGAUCGAUUGGGAUUUGCAUCGACGAUCAUUAAGCUAGCUGAUCGAUGGAGGGCGGUGGAUGGGAUGAUCAGGGGAAGGACGCGGGAGAGGCCACCAAGUACCGCGGCGUUCGGCGCCGCCCGUCGGGCAAGUUCGCCGCCGAGAUCCGCGACUCCAGCCGGCAGAGCGUGCGCGUGUGGCUCGGCACCUUCGACACAGCGGAGGAGGCGGCGCGGGCGUACGACCGCGCGGCCUACGCCAUGCGCGGCCACCUCGCCGUGCUCAACUUCCCCGGCGAGGCGCGCAACUACGUGCGCGGCGGGUCGUCGUCGUCGUCUUCCCGCCAGCAGCAGCAGGGAGGAAGUGGCCGGCAGGUGAUCGAGCUGGAGUGCCUGGACGACCAGGUGCUGCAGGAGAUGCUCAAGGGAGGUGACGGAAAAAACAAUUGACACACAUAUCGUUCUGAUCUGGUGACUGCAUGCCCUGCCCAGCACCUACCAGCUCGGUCUUUCAUUCUUCUGAUCAACCUAUAUUAAUUAUAAAUCUACAUGCUUCUCAGCAGCUUGUUCAA